AAGAUAAAUAGAUAUUUUUAUCAUCCGGUUCAAUUUAAGUUUGAUUUUGAUUUAUUAGUUACUCUUUCAUUUUUAUUAUUUUCUUCAUCAGACUAUAUUUAAAUCAUUGCAAUGGGUGUCAUUGUUGUUCCUGACGAUUCUCGUUUUCAAGUGGAACUCACAAACGCGGCUGACAGCCUGGCUGUAGUUGAUUUUACAGCAUCAUGGUGCGGUCCAUGUCAAGUUAUUGCUCCAGUUUUUGCGCAAUUGAGCACUAAAUAUCCUCGUGCUGUAUUUUUGAAAGUCGAUGUCGAUCAAUGUCAAGAGAGCGCUCAUUCCCAAGGGGUUAAUGCGAUGCCUACCUUCAUAUUUUAUCGAAAUAAAGUUAAACUUGCCACUAUUCAAGGUGCCAAUGCUGCAGCUUUAGAGGCUAAAAUAAAGGAACUGAUUGGUGAUGAAUCGGGAAGUGGUAGUUCAAGCUCAGUCCCAGGUCAUAUUAAUCUUAAUUCUAUGCUUGCCAAACAAGAUUGCGAAUGUCUCAAUGAAAGUGAUGAACACACUCUUGCUGGAUGUUUGACUCCUGGAUCUUCCACUUACCUCGAAUCUGAUGUUGAUGAACAAUUGAUUAUAAAUUUAGCUUUUACCCAAAACGUUAAACUUCAUUCCUUGCAAAUUGCUGCACCAGCUGAUAAGGGACCUAAAACUAUCAAGUUGUUCAUUAAUCAACCGCGAACAUUAGAUUUUGAUCAAGCUGAGUCAAUGGAAGCUGUUCAAACUAUCCAAUGUACACCUAAAGACUUCGUCGAAGGUGCUUUAAUACCGCUUAGAUUUGUUAAAUUUCAGAAUAUUCGCAGUUUAUUGAUUUUUGUUAAAGACAACCAAGGAGGAUGUGAGACAACAAGAAUUGACCACUUAUCAGUCAUAGGAUCACCUGUCACCUCUACCAAUCUGGCUGAUCUAAAGCGCGUAGCUGGUAAAAAAGGUGAAACUCAUUGAAGGACCGGCAAAAAAAACAACCAUGAAAAAGUCAUCACAAGUAUAGUUUUUAAUAAAACGAAUCAACUUGUAAAAUUUCUUAGAUUCAUGGAAUGUUAACUUAUGAAUGAACCCAGAUGAAAAAUAAAAUGGCAAACGUUAUCAUUUAUUUUUU